ACAGCUUGUCACGCCUAGUGUCCCGACAUUACGAUGUUGCUGUACAUUAUGUCCUCGCGACGUAAGUGGUCCUUUACUCAUCGGAAUGCGCCUCAAGCACUACUAAUUAUCACAUGAUAAAACUAAUUUCAGGAAUUGUUCAGGUAUUAUUAGAAAAAGGUUACUAAGUGCCAAGACACGCAAGGACAGAGGGAAGUUUGUGAGUUACACACCAGUUGUUUGUUGAAGCCAAAGAAUCACCAGAGAAAAUAGUCUUCGCUGCAGUCGACAAGAGGACGACAAGUGUGUGUUCAGAAGGUACUAACCCCCUGCGUUCUCCGUUGGGCCUAGUUCCACUGCAGACAUGAUGGAGAUCCACUAAGUGUGAUGGAAUACAGGAAGACUACACAGAUGAUAGUGUGGUACAUCUUGGAGUUGCCUAGUACUUGCUACCCAGAGACCUGCUGUAAACAGCUGCUGUUCUAAUUACUGGGUAUUGAUGGACGCUUGUAAAGUGAGGAAGUGUGACUCUUAUUGAGCUUCCUUCACCAGAUGAAGCUUGCUGCUAGGAGACGUUAUGCUGCAGGAUCACAUCCUAACAGAAAUGACAUCAAUCACUAGGGACCUUGCCCUUGCCUUAAAAGCUGCUACUUGGCCUUCUAAGAAACACGGAUAUAGCAGGUCAUGUGACACUGUGACCAACUCACCUGUGACUAGAUCAUCGUGUGAAGGACAACAUUUUCUUUUGACAUCCCAAAAUACCUCUUUCAAUGAUUCUACAAUUAAUAGUGACAAUUUAGUCAGUAUUUGAAGUAAAUUAAAACCUUUCUGCAUAAUGAAAUGGAUAUUUUUUUCUUAAUUUUUAAAUGUUUGAAAUCAAUAUUGCGCUUGCUUUUUAAGAAAAAAGAAAAUAUUUACAAUCUGUAAUACAAUCUUACGGUUAAGAAUGCCUUUGGUCUAGGACCUACGUAGUGCUGCAGCAGUAGUGCUUAUAUGUUAAUGUCGAUUACUCAACUGGCUUUGCAAAAAUCAGGAAGUAGUUAUGGUGCUUAAGACACUUGAUCUGAAAGUGAUAUAUCAUCGUAAAUGCAAACAUGACAACUACGACGCAAAACCAGAGAAAGACAAUUCCGCCACACCAAACGAUGCACACACACUCACAAACACACACAAACACUUAUAAAAAGUUUUCCAUGCCCACACAUCAUCUCUCUCUCUCUCUCCCUCUCUAAAAUAAAAUGUCUCAAAUGUAUAUUUUGAGAAAGAAUGUACCAUUUGAAUGCCACUAAAGCCAAAACAAUUAUGAAAAUAGAAGCUAGCGGUACCAUGUUCUUUGAGGUCAGUAAUUCUUUUAUACUUACAGAAUCUCUUUAUUUUUUUACGACCAAAGCAUUUAAAAUGUUCUUUUCUUCACAUCAUUUCUUAAGCAGCUUUCUACUUAGUCAAUCAGAAUGGCACGACAAAGAAUGGUGCUGGCUAUCAAACAAAAGUUGGAUUCAAGGCAGCAGCCUUACCCUUAUACCUCUUUAUGACCUUCAACGCACACGUGUGAUGACUAAUAGCUAGCAAGCUGAUACCUCAGGCAGUUAAUUAAAAAAAUCCAUCCAGAAAGAUUUUGACAGCAUCGACCGGUCGAUGCGAACACUGCACGACUAGGUUUAGCUCCUAAAAAUAGUCAAUUCAAGCUUUGCCUAUCAUCAGUUCGACCACUAAAUACAUGAACUUUAUGUAGUUUUCUUUAUCGUCUUAGACUGACCUAAGUGUAAGAACAAAUGUAUUCUCUUCUUCUGUGAGAAAGAGAGCGUGCGUGUGUGCGUGUGUUACAACCGUCGUCACUGUGAAGGGGUCAGUCAUCUUUCCGUUGUGGAUCAUCUGGCAGGUCGAGUCCUCGUACAGCUGUUGGAUGAUGGCAAUGGUGGAAAUCUGUAGUGUUGCAUCAGUUUCCAUAUGUUUUCCCUGUCUACGGAGUCAAAGGCAUUCUCAAAAUACACAAAAUAUAGGUGUAGUGGCGACUGCCAUUCGAUGGACUGCUCAAUAAUGUUUCGUAGUGUAGCGGUUCGAUCUGUGCAUGAUUUACCCUGCCGAAAGCCUGCCUGUUCUUGCCUCAGUCUCUUGUCUAGGGCAUUCUUUAAAACUCUCUAAGAUGAUUCUGGUCAGCACCUUGCUAGAAAUAAACAACAGCAUAAUCCCUUGCCAACUGCUGCACUGGGUUAGGUAUGUUGCAACCUGCUGUUCCUAUUUUCGAAGAAUAUACAACACGUAGCGUACUUUCAAAGUGUUUUAACGAGCUUUUUUUUCUAAAGACAAAAGAUGGAAAACAGAUUUGAAUAGGUUUCUAUAGUUGCAGGAAUCUAUGUCGGCUUAAAACUCUUCUAUUUUGUUCGGCGUUUUGCGGCAUCGGAUAUUCCCUGUCAGGUAUGGGCAGACAUAAAAUUUGCUUGGUGGACAAAGAUAUAGAGAGCUUGAACAAAUUUUACGUUGACUGUGCAAGUCUUUCACAAAACAUUGAAAUCAUUAAUUGAUUUAUAAAUUGAUUCAUCAAUCAUGAACUUAUCUUGACACAUAAUAUUACCGCGGAGAGGGAAAAGCUUAGGCCUGUUUCAGCUGACGCCAUGUUUACUUCGUCAGUAAUUCAAAGUAACUUGACAGUGUCUCUAUUAAUUUCUUAUACACAUCAUAAUUGUUUUAAGUGCACAUGAUGGUUUUUUAGUCGAAAACAAAUGCGUAAGGCAUUCGAGGUCAAAUGGCUGACAGCUUCCAGCUGUUGCCCUCAGGCAGGCGCUAUGAAGUGCCACGUGUACGGAAGGCUGCCUACCACAGGUACUUUGUGCCAGCAGCCAUCACCAUCCUAAAUAAAGACACAGGGACUCAAGAGGAAUCAUACACAGUCUGAAGAGAAGAGGGUACUGCAUCCAUUAUCAGCCAUCACCUUGUUGAAUGUGAGCUCCCUUUCGCACAAACAAGACGAGCUCUCUGCGCUCAAUCUAAAUAAUUAAUGAAAGUCAAGUGAUGUAAGCUGGUCUUAUUUGGCCAUGGAUCCUGGAGGAAGACCAUGCUUACCAAAGUCAAGGACUAGACUGUUCUCCUGUACAGGACCUGCUCACUAUCGCUCGGAUUAGGUAGAAAUGGCAAGCCCUGUCAGCUCCUAGGUUUAUCCAUGUGCUCCUCUGAACGACAGGUGCAUGUCAAGUGAUGAAUGAGGAUGAUAGAUGACGGAGGGUAGUCUACGCCACCGUGGCCGGAGGAAGACCUCGCUUACCAACGUCAAAGACUGGCUGGUGGCUGUGUGAAGGAUUUACUAUCGUCCAAAACAGGAAUAAGUUACUAUCCUUGUAAGCUGUUGCAUCUAUCAGUGUGCUCUUCCCCAACAACAGGUUCCUCCAGUGAUCAUCUCUGAAUGGUGUGCAGGCGACAACUUACAAUUGGUGAAGCACUUGAAUUCGGCUAAAAUCUCACAUGUCCAUGGGCUUAACAACCGACUGUAGUGGAAGCGGGGCUUUCACUUUGCCCGCCGAGCUAUACAGCGAAGUCUUCCUAUUCAAUCUUUUGACUCUAGCAAACUGAAACUUCUUCUUCUUAUUAUUAUUAGAGAUUAAAAGUUUUCGGGGAAAACAAAUGGACAAGAGAAAGGCCAUGAUAUAUGAAUAUCACCCACAUAAACAGAGACAACCUCCUCAUCUUUUCCAUUGUGCAUCUGGCGACUUGAGAAUAUGACUUCUAUUCUUUAUAGGGCGAUUGCAUUGAGUGUCCUUACUCAAGAAAUAUUUUGCGUGCCAGAAAGAUGCGCAGUUUUGGAAUUCUACCACUUAAAAGAAGCUUUAUCAGUCUUGGAAAAUCACUAUGCCAGUGUGAUGUUCAGAAUGAACAGCUCCGUGUGUAGUCAGCAAGAUACAACCUACAGGGUAAUGGUUAACACCAGAACAAGCAGUGAUAAUGUCGAAUAUGAUGGAACAGUUACCUUCCUGGGAGACACCUGUACAGCCACACCUUUCACUUCAGUUCGCUGCAUCACACCUACUGGACCUGCGGAGUUGCACAGGAGAGUGAACAGGUCUCACGUGGCUGUAGAGUGGAACUGGAAAUGGAAGGACACUCGGUUUAGCAACUUUACAACUAUGAAAAAGGAACUAACGGUUAUUGUGUCGUAUCCGCCGAGUGUCACAAGCUUGACUGUGGACGGACGUCCUGUCAAUGGCAGUGUUAUCAUCAACGAGAGUCAGGAGGUCAACAUUUCUUGCUCGUAUGAUAAAGGAAAUCCUCCCGCCAACUUUCGUCUUAUUGACGAACAUGCAACGGAAAUAAAAGCUUAUGUAGAAGAACAGCAUCUUAUUUAUUUACUUAAGCUUCAGUGUGAACAGGACUGGCCAACCAUCACAUGUGAAGGGAAUUCAUCGGAAAAAAACAUAUCAGUUUCCAUUCUAGUCAAUUGUCCUCCUCAAUUCAUAGAAAAGCAACCCGAAGUCACAGAUGGCGAGGACCACGAGAGCUGGAGAGUUCGAGUCAAGGCUCAUACAGCAAAAAUCGACAAAUGCCUGGUGAUCCCAUUUUCACUAGGCGAGAAUAAAAACAGAGAGGUUAACUGUAGCCUGACUGGGGACCCUCCUGACCUGCUGUUGACCGUUAUUGUCAAUAAGAAAGACGUUGGGAGGGGAGGACACUGGGCGUUAAGUUUCUACAAUGAAAGAGGCUCUUCAGACACCUUGGUCUUCAACAAACCAUCAAGUGAGUUAAAUUUAAUAUCUGCCACAGUUGUUAAGAGGAUUAUUCCUUUGUUACAGACAAUGAAUAAUAAAUACGAAUUAAUUUUAAACUGUAAUGUAGGAUUAUCUAAACUUAAAUAUGUAAAGUAAGUGAACUUUUUUCGUAAUACUAGCUUUAGCCAAAUAACACUUCAAGCUUAACAAAAAGCUCAAAUAAGAGUUAAUAACUACUAAAAAAAAGUUUUGGAGAUAGAUUUUCCUCUGUUUGGUGCAAUGCCCAAUGACUGGAUGCCUUUCAUGAGAAAAAAACCCCUUGAAAUCACUGGUCGCUAGGUAGUUGUGCAGCAAAGAAAAUACCUAUAAUGCGACAACUAUUGGAGUCCAAGAUAUCCACCCUCCAACAUAUCUGCAAACUGCCGUUUUUUCUUCAUGGAAAAUUUUCGCCCGCUCAUGCCGUGUUAGCAUCAAUGUGUUUUGUAUGGAUUUACUCCCUUAUCCUUUAUCUUCACUAAGAUUAUCCCCAACCCGAUGGGGGUGUUUUAUGUUUGCUAUGGCUGAGCUAAAAUCAAUGGUAAGGUUCUCCACGUAUGCGCUCGCGAAAAUCCAGGCAUUCGAGAGUACGUGCCUAGUGAAGCUGCACCGGAUCUCAUACAGACAGCAUAGAACUAAUGAUUUUGCAGAAAGCCACACUGUAGGAUACCAGGAACCUCUGCUUGCAACAGUCAGGCAACGUAAGCUGGUCUCCUUUGGUCAUGUGACCCGGCACGACACCCUGUCAAAGACUAUCCUUCAAGGCACCUUGAAGGGUAGUCGACGCCAUGGUGGUCAGAGGAAGAACUGACUUACAAAGUCAAAGACUGGACUGGUCGUCCUGUACAGACCAUAAUUCAAAACCUACAUCACUACUUUAUUAAUUCUACUACAACAGCUAAAGGAACAUAUCCACUCCCUAACCUUAACUUAAAACCCUACAUCUACAUUCUUACAUCCCACUUUAAGACGCUGAAAUCUUUCAUUCAGGUCACCUGUCAGCUCACCUCAUCGUAUAUCCCUGUCGUCGCUAUAUCUUUGCUAAAUUUCAUCACGUUGUAUAUCUCUAAAUCUCCUAAAGGCUCUAGGUUAGGUGAUAAAAGAGUACACCUAUUAUGUGAAGAUUAAGAUGGUGCUAUUGCCAAAGAACAGUAAAUACAAUAAACUCCUGGGGUACAGCAAAGCGAUAGGACAAAGCUGUUGUUGGAAAAGUUUGCACACAGUUAAUCAGGUUUAGGUUUUUAAGUCCUAGAGACGUUCAUAGGUUUCGAGCAAGGUCAGCAGGUCACCACGAUGGCCUAGGCCGUUUUUUCCCUUGCCUACUCACCCCACCUUAGUGAUGACUAGAUUGCUACACCCGGAUCAACAAAUUUGGCGGGAAGACGGACACAAAGUUGUGUAUGUUGUGUCAGGUCACCGUGACAUAGUCACGACAGGACAUCACGAGGCAUUGGCAGGGCCUACAAGUUAUGAUUUAUAAAUCACCAGUUAUGUUCCAUGCCUGUCAAGUUCUUCAACUAGCAUACACACCAUGCUAUAGACUGACUUUUAAUAAAGUUCUGUAUGAAUUACAAAAUUUUUACUGUUGAUGUAUGUUUACAGAAUGUUGCGUUAUGUGUAUGAACGUGAAUAAGAUUUAUGCAAUACUAUUGUUUAAAUUAACAAAGCUUCAUUUGUUUACAUGAUUUAAAUGUCUA